AUGCCUCGUACCGGCCUUGGCGUAGAGGACCACCCCCCUCCGGUCAUGAAGUUUGUUCCCAAGCUAAAGGGCAUUGCAAACUGGCCCACUUGGAACGGAAACCUCCUAUCUGUACUCGAGGCUGUUGACUCGAAGCUAUCGCGACGUCUCACCGGCGAAUACGAAAAGCUAGGUCCCAUUAUCACUACUCCUGCCAAUGCUACUGAGCCUGCGGUUCUGGCCCAGCCGGACCCUACUGCCGUAAUGGCAUGGCAUGAAUGCUCACAGAAACUGAUUUCCUGCCUCUAUGCUACCACUAUGCCCGAACUUCACGAGGGCCACAUUCACGCUGCUGCCGACGCUUUCAGCGCGUACCAGAGCCUCCAAAAUAGAUUUGGCUCUUCCACCCGCUCUAUUCUAUUCAAGUUCUCCCAGUUCUCCUCACUUCCCUACUUUCUCGGGCUUCGUUACUUUGGCGAGGACCCUCAAGACUUCGUUGAUCGCUGGUGUGCCGCACUAGAAAAAGCACAGGAAGCCUCUGGCCCCUUUUUUCGCCGCCACUGGAUCGACUCUCUCCCAGCGGACCAUGAUCUCGUUUCUGAGCCUUCUCUGAAAUUGCUCUACGCAGACUUUGUCCUUUCUGAGCAUAAUCGCCUCACUGCCGAGAGAGAGUCCCUGGUUUCUAACAAUAAUCACCUCAUCGAGGAGAACAACCGCCUCCGUUCUGAGACAAAUAGCAUUCUUUCUGAAAGGAACCGCCUUCUUUCUGAGAUCAAUGACCCCCCGCCCCCGCCGUACUGA